CGAUUUUAUUAUUCCUUAUUUCAUGAGGUAAGUACCAGUAUCAAGAGGAAAGUGCGCAGACCAUUGGCUGAAAAGUAUUGAUCUGUUCAGCUUACCAGUCAUGCGAUUGCGGCAAUUCUUCCGACACUUUCCGAUACGAAUUACACAUGCACACAAACGUACACACGCAAGCCUGCGCCUAAUCAUCUGUCUAAUGCCCCCCCCCGAGAAGGGGGUGGGGUGAGAAUGGAGACGGGAAGGUUGAGUCGCAAGCCGGAGUGACGCAAUAAAAACAGGACCCGGAAGGUCCGAAGGCACAAAGGCUACGUCGCGGGACGAGAAGCCUCGUACUACGCAACCACCAUCGCACGCACGCGCAUGCGUGUCUUGCGUACCCAGUUUACCGACGAGCCGACGAGGGGUUGGAGGGAAAAUGCAAUGAAAAAACGCACCCUCCCAAGCGGUGGCGGCGGCGGCGGCGCAGGAACAGCAAUGACCAAACACGCCGCUUCAACGUGGAAUCGAACCAGGCGCAUUCGACAGUCGUUCGCGUGUACGCAUUUACCACGCAUCGUCGCUGGCGCCUAAACCGUGCGAGCCUUCUGUGCACACUCUCCCGUGAGUGUAUUUCGCGCUCUCUCGCUCUCAGUCUCCCUCUCUCUCUCUCUCGAACCGGAAACGCUUACUAACAAAAGCGAGCAGGGGAACGACAGGACACACGGCCUGCCUCGAUAUCGAUUUUUCCUCGCUCGUUGGCAGCGCCGCGGGAUAAAGGCGAGAAAAACACGCGACCGUGGACAGUAAUGUUUCGCGGUCCGCCUAGUCACAUUUAGGUACACGUUCCAAGUGAUUGUGUCUCAGUGUGUGUGCGUGUGCGUGUGUGUGUGUGUGCGGAUAGGGUGUCCCUAGUUGAAUGUCACCAAGGCGGGCCGCCACGAUACGGUUGCGUUUGCGAAACACCCUUGGCAGCAGGGCGCGGCGACAGCAAAGCAAGCAAACCCUCCCAGCGGCGUGGCCCAAAAUGUGGGUCUCUACGAACAAGGUGCUGAUCGGGUCGGUCGGUGGGCUGAAGAAGCCGCACUGCCGCAACCCGAACUUUGACUGCGAGGAGACGAAGCUGCUGAUAUCGCUGUGGGGCGAUCCGCAGGUGCAGCGGACGCUCAUCACCACGCACAAGAAGCACCCGGUGAUAGCGAAGCUGGCGGAAAAGAUGCGCGAGUACGGCUACAACCGCUCCACGGAGGAGAUUAACACGCGCAUCAAAAAUCUGAAGUGCUUCUACAACCGCAUCAAGAAGGACCUGGAGACGGGCGUCAUUAACGAACCGUCCUGGAAGCACUUCCAGGCGAUGGACGAAAUACUGACGCGCCCAGUGUUCGGGGGUGCGAAUGCGGCUAGCCGGUAUCCACCGACGCCGGGGGCAGCGGCGGGUGGGUCGUCCGAUGCAGCGACGUCAUCGGGUGGUCGCAUCACCCGCCCACGGCUGUCGGCCGGUUCGGUGAGCGGGGCCGAGCUGUCCGAGCUGGAUCCGGACCAGAUCGAGGUAAAGCUGGAGCUGGUGAGUGACGAGGAGAAGGAGAUGCUCCAUCCGGAGGACCUGCUGAAGAACGCGGAACAGGUCGAGCUGAAGGAACCGAACCUGCUAAUACCGAAGGACGAACCGAUGGAGGAGGAGGAGGUGGAUGAUCCAAACGAUCCGGACUUUGAGGACGAGGGCGGAAGCGAAACGGACGACGAAAGCUCCGGCAUGGACGAGGCGGAUGAGAGCGAUCGAUCGACACGUUUACGGCGACGGACGAGACGAGCACAUAAGCCGAAAAAGACGAACCCAACAGCCGGCGGGAAAAAUGUACCGACCACCACGUCCGCGACUGCCAGCGGCACUUCCACGAGUACUACCACGAGCACAAGCACCGCAGCCCAACCGAAAGUACCAUCAAUAAAGAUCAUCAAUUAUGCUGGCGGUGGUAGCAUAAGUCUGUCCUCCGUUGCCAACGUGGUAAGCGCCGUAUCGUCCGGCUCAUCGACGGUCAGCAUGACGACGCUGGCAGGGAGAACGGAUGGUGGCACGACUACCACCACGACCACCACGACCCCAAGCAAGAUCUCGCUCGUGCCGACCAACUUCCUCCUGAAGCCGCAAGCCGCCUCCAACCUGCAAGGCUUCAAGCAACCGAUCCAACUGUACACCAAACCGACCGUCUCGAUCGCAACCACCAAGCCCACGCCCGGCCUGUCGCCGAUCGUGUCCGUUAAUGCGAGUGGAGCAGGAGGCACCGGAGUCACACCCACCACCACUAACACCGUUUCAGCGGCCGGCGGCACUACUUCCGGCGGUCCGAUGAAAGUAUUUCUAGUCAACACGCUGGCCAAAGAUGGAUCCGGCCCCAAGCAACAGCUCAUCACACCGACCACGGGCAAGCAGAUCUACACCACCUCCACCGGCGUAUCACUGCAGGGAACGUCACACGUGUCGGGACUGCCGCAAAUAAGCAUCCAACCCAAGCAGCUACUAACCAGCACGGCCGGAGGUCCGCCAACAAUCACUAGGAAAAUCAUUCAAACCUCAACGCUUCCCUCACUACGGGCCGCGGUCGCUAGGACAUCAGCGCCACCACCGAAGUUCGGUGGAUUUAAGGCACUGCUGCAGCAGCUCGUGGGUUUGCAGCGGGAGAAUCUCAGCAUCACGAAAACGCGCCUCGUGGCGGAGAAAGAACGGUUCGGGAAUGAGCGGUCCGUAGCGAACUCGUUGCUGGAUGCGCUGGGGGAGCUCAAUGCACUACUGACGGAGGUAAACGGUGAGCUGAUGCCGCUCGGGAAGGAUUCGGACGAGGACGAGGGGGACGACGAUGGGUUGAUCAAGAUUUCGUGCGACAGUCCGGCGUCUAGUCCGGCCCGUAGCGUUAGCAGACAGGAGGACAGCUUGAAGGCGGAGGUGAUUAGCGAUUCGGAGGAAAGUUAAGGCGAAUAAAUGAUUAGAUCUGCUCUGAGAGAUUCAAAGUGUGCAAAUGCUAAACGAAAGCGUUAUUCAAGUUGUUUUAAUCAUUUUAAUUUGAUUAAAUUCUUCCAGCGACUUCAGAGGACACUUCCAAUGGAGGACUAUAUCUAGAUAAAAUGUAAAUUGUUUCUCAGGGAAAUGGGUUUGAUAUGAGUUCCUGGAGGCAUAUGG